UUCAUUCAUUUCAUUCAUGGCGUGUUAUUAUUCGUUGUCACUUGUCAGACUCGUAUUUUGCUUUGCAUUUACAGUUUUGCUGUGAUAGUGUGAUCAUCAUUCAUCAGUAAAUAGUGCGCGUGUAGAGUAGCAUAGUAGCAAUUACAAUUUAUAAAGAUGCCUAAAUAUUAUUGUGAUUAUUGUGACACAUAUUUAACUCACGAUUCACCGAGUGUCAGAAAAACACAUUGCACGGGAAGGAAACAUAAGGAUAAUGUUAAAUUUUACUACCAAAAAUGGAUGGAAGAACAAGCUCAACAUCUCAUUGAUGCUACAACAGCGGCAUUCAAAGCUGGUAAGAUAGCACAGAAUCCAUUUAAUAAAGGAGCUGCUAUUCCACCCCCUUGGGAUCCCAGUGUAAUGGGUCCAGGUGGCCCUAGACCUCCAGUGCCAGCACCGGGAGGUCCACCAGGGAUGCUGCCUCCUCCAUCGAUGGGACCUGGAGGCCCCAUGGCGCCGCCGAUGAUGAUGGGACCACACGGGCCUAUGCCACCUAUGAUGGGCAUGAGACCACCAAUGAUGGGGCCGAUAAUGGGGCCGAUGGGUCCCAUGGGACCUAUGGGUCAAAUGCGACCACCUCUAAUGAAUGGACCACCUAUGAACAAAUAGUGUCAGUUAAUAGUAUUUGAGAAAGACUGGGAAUAAUAUAUUAGAGGCCACAGUGUUACACCAGUGUUUUACAGAUAAGUUUGAGGUUAUAAAAGUUUAUUUAUAUCCGCUUAUAUUAUGUACACGAAUUAUUGUACCUAUUGUCUGUAUUCGGUAUCUCAACUGAAAUAGCUGCUUUCUAAAUUACUUUUGUUUUUAUCAAAUAGUUUGUAAUAUGACCAAAAAAUACCAUUUCUAAAAACGGUUUAUCUAAAAAUGGUAUUUUCUUUAUUUUCAAGAAAAUACCAUUUCUGUAAAUGGUAUUUUGUUGGUUCCCUUGUCGUGUAUAUUGUCAUACAGAAGCUACAGCAGUUACAACUUUUUAUUGUUUUGAUUGCCUUUGAUAAAAGUAGGUAUGGAAAUUUAUGAAAUUAUUUGCACAUUGGCAAUUAAUAUUUUAUGUAUCAGACUGCCCCAUAAGUUUAGCUAUUGUUAAACACUGUGUUCAUUUCCUAGAUGAGACAAAAUACUUGAGACUUGUAUUAACCCGUGGUAUGUUAUGCCAGAACAUAGACCUACAGGAGACACAAUUUUUUUCUAUUGUGCCUCAUUUAUCAACACUCGAGAGGUUAAAGACAUGCAAAUCUGUUUGGAGUAUUACAAGUGAACUGGUUAAAGUAAUAAUUAUAUUCCAUGUAUAACUUCAACCUAUUGUUAAAUUGACCACAUAAUUUUUUGAUACAAUAGUAACAAGUAAUCUCAAACUGUAUUGUGUUGAAAAGAAAUUGCGAGUAGAAAUUAUCUAUUUGUAUCAUUUUAGGGUAUAUGAACUAAACUGAUGUUUAGGUAACCUUGUGGCAUUUUUGUAAUUUUUAUUGUAAAAUAAAGAUAUAAUUAAGUCACUU